AUGGCAUUCAGGCACUCGGAGGACGAUGCACAAGAAGCUGCAACGCCGGUGACGAUGCAUCACGUCAACGUGGCCGGGAUCAUCCCUUUGCUGAUCCUGGAGACUAGGUGGCCAUCGUUCCGGCUCCGCCAUUAUGCCUGCUUUUGGGUGCCUGAGGUAAAAAUAUUGCAGAUAGGCAUCCCGGCCAUCCAUUCCUGCUUCAAGCCAAGACCCACCGACGUGUUCCUUGCAAGCUACCCCAAGUCUGGCACCACUUGGCUCAAGGCCCUCGCCUUCGCAACCCUGAAGCGUUCCACGCAUCCGCCGUGCGACAACAACCAUCCGCUGCGCCAUUGCAGCCCCCACGACAUUGUCAGGUUCAUCAAAAUAGAAUUCAACACAAAGGAUGAGUUUGAAGUGCUCCCUUCCCCGCGCGUGCUGGCCACACACCUUUCCUACUCCUUGCUGCCUAACUUCAUCACCGGGGAGCACUCAGGGUGCCGGAUCGUGCACAUAUGCCGAGAACCCAAGGAUGCUCUAGUCUCAUUCUGGUUGUUCACAAGGAAGAUGGCGUCGGCGUGGGGAGUUGAUGCGCAGUCAUUCACGAUCCAGGAGGCGUUCGAGCUGUUCUACCAAGGCCGCUGUUCUGAUGCCCCCCACAGUGGCAGCAUGUCCUCUGGGAGGAGAGCGUGA